GUCCCUAUAAAAAGCGCCGAGUGAGAGACGUCGGUACCAUUAGUGCAGUACGUUGCGCUUGUAUUCAUACGGUCAAUAACACUCCUAGAACCAUGGGGUACAAGAUUUUAUAUCUGUUGGUCUUGGCAUUUGCCGUGAUCUAUGUCCAGGCUGAGCAAAAAAGAGCCGAAAGACAUGUCUCAGUCAUGGGCGGUCAAGCUAUGAAUAUGAUGGACGGAAUGAUGGAAGGUUCCAUGAGCAACAUAAUGGGAUGUAUAAUGGAAACGAAAAUCGUAAAAUUCCUUAAAGGUUCUUGUACUGCCUUAUCCAAGGUUAUGUGCAAAUAUGUGCCCCACGAAAUGAUAGAGAGAAUUAUAGAGUCUGUUGGAUGCUUGAUAAGAGCCAAAUUGCAAUUGUUGAAAUGUAUGCUCAAAUUGAUGUGCAACUCAGUGAUUAUGAUGUUGUGUCUCAUGGGAAAAUUACCUGGUGCACUUUCAAUGAUGAAACAAUCUCUAUCAGGUUGUGGUUUAUCAUCUGAAAUGGUACGCGUAAUAACAUAUAUGGUAGAUUGUAUGGGAAGUAUGGGAGGUGGUUAUGGAGGUGGUUAUGGAGGUGGCCAUGGAGGUGGCCACGGAGGUAGCAUAGGAGGUGGUUAUGGAGGUGGCCAUGGAGGUAGCAUAGGAGAUGGUUAUGGAGGUGGUCAUGGAGGCAGUUAUGGAGGUGGUUAUGGAGGCCAUCAUGGAGCCGGUCAUGGAGGUGGUUAUGGAGGUGGUUACGGAGGUGGUUACGGAGGUGGUUAUGGAGGUGGUCAUGGAAUUGGUCAUGGAGGUGGUUAUGAAGGUGGUAGUAUAAGAAAUGGCCAUGGAUGUGGUACUAAAGGUGGUCAUGGAGGUAGUAUGGGAGGUGCUAGUACAGGAGGUGGUUAUGGAGGUGGUCAUGGUGGUAUGGGAGGUGGUUACGCAGAUGGUAUAGGAGGCGGUGGUGGUGAAGGAGUUGGAAUUGGAGGUGCAGGAGGUGCCGGUGGCGUAGGAGGUGAAGGAGGUGAGGCAAGUGCUGUAGUAGGUGCUGCUGGAGGUUCUGCAGGAGGUGCAGGCGGUACAGGCUUUGGUAUAGGAUCCGUAGGAAUGGGAUAGAUCCAAGCCCUACAAUUUUUCACACUCGGCGAAUUAUAUAAACAAAAA